UCCACCCCUAUGAGGAUACCCAAGUAACCGAUUGCGAUCAGAUAGUCAAAAGAAGUGGCACCGCUGUGCCCUGUGGCGACAGUGGUCAUAUCGGACAGCGUGAGUGUGAUCUGGUGUUUGUCAUGGAUCCAACGAUCAAUCUGUGCGGCGAUAUCAAGAUUGUGCUGGUCAGCAAAACAGCCCUGGGUUCAAAG